UUCUCAUCCAAUGCUUUGAAAAGAAGCAGCAUAAACCCCUUCUUUUUCCUAUCUAUAUAACAAGAAAACUCGAUCGGGCCAUUUCACAGACACCCAAUCUCCAAAAUUCCCAUAUCUUUCUCCAUCUCCCUCCUACCACACGCCAUGAUCAAUCUUGGAGCUUCUUCCUUCAACAUCUUCAACCUCUUAUUUCUUCUAAUACUUCUCUCCUCCACUCCCUAUGUAGUGUCGGGAGAGUGCACGUGCGAGGCAGAGACCACAGAGAAGAACAAAGGGGAAGCACUCAAAUACAAAAUAGCUUCGAUUGCGACCAUUCUUUUCACCGGUGCGGUGGGGGUGAGCAUCCCUUUGCUGGGGAAGAGGAUUCCGACUCUAAGGCCUGAACAUGAUAUCUUCUUCAUGAUCAAGGCGUUCGCGGCGGGGGUGAUUUUGGCAACCGGGUUUAUCCACAUACUUCCCGACGCUUUUGAGAGAUUGACAUCUCCCUGCCUCAACAAAAAUCCAUGGGGGAAAUUUCCUUUCACUGGCUUCAUUGCCAUGGUGUCUGCUAUAGGGACGUUAAUGGUGGAUUCAUUCGCGACGGGGUUUUAUACGAGGCUGCACUUUAAGAAUAGUAAGCAGUUGAGUCCUGAUGAAGAGGAGGGCAAUAAGCAUGCCGGUCACUUACAUGUCCAUACACAUGCCACUCAUGGCCAUGCUCAUGGCUCCGCCGCCCACCCCGAGGAGUUGAAUAUGGCGGAGCUCAUCCGUUUUCGUGUUAUAUCACAAGUGUUGGAGAUGGGAAUUGUGGCUCAUUCGGUGAUAAUCGGAAUAUCUUUGGGUGCUUCUCAGAGCACAAAGACAAUAAAACCUCUGCUGGCAGCCCUGUCUUUUCAUCAGUUUUUUGAAGGGUUGGGUCUCGGCGGUUGCAUCUCUCAGGCGAAAUUCAAGACUACUUCUGCGGCAAUAAUGGCAACAUUUUUCUCCCUCACAACCCCUCUAGGAAUAGCAAUUGGGAUUGGAAUAUCAAGUGUUUACAAUGAGAAUAGCCCAACUUCUUUGAUUGUUGAAGGGGUUUUUGACGCUGCUUCUGCUGGGAUCUUGAUUUACAUGGCACUUGUUGACCUAUUAGCUGCAGAUUUCAUGAACCCAAGAGUUCAAAGCAAUUUGAAAAUUCAUUUAGGGGCAAAUAUCUCACUUCUUCUUGGAGCUGGUUGUAUGUCUUUCAUCGCCAAAUGGGCUUGAUUUUUUCAGCACAAUGUAUGUAUGUGGUUGUACCAAAAAAUUUCACGCCAAAAUGGAAAGCAAACACUACAGCUCAUCAUUUAGCAAAGGCCGCAAUUUCGUAGUUAGUUGAGCAUGUUUAGAUGAAAGAUUACCCCAUUUUUAACCUUAAUAUUGUACUCGAUCUAGAUGUUUUGUCUUGAUUUUUUAAUGAA